AUGGCCGGAUGUAUCAGUACGUACCAGGAUGACGGUAGCUGUGGCGCCGACUUGCCGUGGACCGCGUACCUGACGUACUUGGAAUACGCGGUCACGUUAACAAUUGUCAGCAGCACGAUCGUGACCACCGUCGUCCAGGCCACUGAUGCCGGGCAGAACCUGUCGGUCCUGAUGCAUGGCGUACUGUGCAUGCUCAUCGAAUUGUUCAUGUUGCUGUGCAUACCAAUGCGGUUCAGCGGCCGUUCCCGAUUAGGUUUCCGGGAGAUGUUCCGGUUCGCUGACGGCUCGGACAUCCCGGUUGGCUAUUGGUCCGCGAUCCGGAUGAUCGUCCGAUACCAUCUGAUCGCGUCCAACACGUUCGUGAGCGUGUCCGCCCUGUACACCGCCGCGUUCGACUCGGUGCAUCCCGGCGACCCGUUCACGUUCCCGUUCAUGGACGUGCUGCCCAUCGACACCCGGAACACGGCCGCGUAUGUCUGCAAAUUUGCCGUGUACUCUCUGCCCGUGUACAUCGCGCACGCUGAAGUCUGUUUCCUAAACGUGACGUUCGUUUAUUCCGUGGGCGUGAUUAAACGCCAUUGCGAAAUCCUCGUGCAACAAGUCCGGGACGCCAUGGUCAACACUGAUGACCACCAGAAACUGAAAACCGCGAUCGUACACCAUCAAAUGCUCUUAAAGUGGGUUUCGCGGUCACUAAACUGCGUAUAGCAAUAGAUACCAAGUACCUAUACGAGGGAGAUAUGCCUAGUCCCGUUAACGGCAUCGUGAAAUAGAAAGACGUUUGGGAAGAAUGAUGUUGUGUAAUGAUGAGGGCACAAUAAUAUUAUUGAUUGAAGCUCGGGGAUUAAACUAUUAAUGGAGUCAAUCAGCUCUGUUUGUAUUUAGGUUCGAUGUAGCGCAAGAGAAUGGAGAAGACGGUACACAAUAAUAUAAAAACUAUCAGAAAAAUUAAACAAAUAUACACUACUGUUCUUUUCAAAUUAAUUAUUCAAAAUUUGACCGCACAUUUAGGCCUUUCCUUGAGGUUUUUUAUGGGGGGGAAGGGGGUUAAACAUAUUUUCAACGCAUACUAUAUUUAGUUACCAAGAUAAUGAUUAUUAAACUUGUAUUAUAUACAGUCAGUUACACCUAAUCCUAACCUAACCUUUUUCUUGUAUGGUAUCACUAGGUCCGAUAAGGGAAUCGCGUUAGCAUUACUUCCUCCCCGGUUGAUUUCUUUCCCCGGAAAAGCCUGCUGCCUUGGAUAUCACGUCCCGCGACUCCUUUUCUCGGGCCGGUGUGUUGGUCCGCCGUCCUCGAAAACCCCUAAACUAACCUCACCGCUAGCUCAACCGAGCUUGUGAUCAUGGACGUAUUAUUUAGGAGGCCUGUGGGUUAAGCUUCUUACCAAUGGAUUCAAGUGGAAGAGGUUGGCCGGAAAAAAGGUUAAGUUAACGUAAACAUUUAGGUUAGGUUUGGUUAGAGCAUGAACAUAUUCGUAUGUGGUAGUAAAUGAAGCAAUUUUGUUGGAAGCUGUGGGUGGUAAUGAGACUAAUUUUCGGGGCGGGAGAAUAGAAAGGAGAUUUUAUAACUUAACACCUAAGACCUAACCUGUGUGAUAUUAUUUCAACGUAUUUACGAAUAAUUAAAAUAUGCAAUCGAUUUAAAAAAAAUUAAUUAAAUAAUUACAUAGUAUAUACUUGUAGGUACCCUCAAUGUUACUGUUUAUAAUUAUGUAUACUUAUGUGAAUUUAAGGCAAUUCAAAGAUAUGAAAAGUUUAUUCAGCCCACCGAUUUUAUUAGUAAUAGCCUUCUGCGGCUCAUAUUUUGGAUUGUCUGCUUGUUUCGUAAUCCAAGCCAUUCAGGUAUGUAUUACCAGUAAGUGUGAAAUAAACUUUAUAUUAUUAAUACCUACCUAUAUUAAGUAGGCACGAUAAACCUCGUACUUACCUUUGGUUGUUUUUUUUUUUUUUUAAAUAAAUAAAUAAAUUAUGCUUAAUUACCUAGGUAAAAUUAAAUAUAUUAUUUCACGCUAAACUUGCAUAAGCUGUCUCACUCUAAGGAUAGGUUAGAUUGACGGGUGAUAUAGCAAUACCUACCUUACGCAGUCUGCGUAGAACUCGGUUAGUUAUGGUUUUAGAGUAAAGCGCAUAUUAAAAAAUUAAAAAGAGGACAACAUUCCGGAGUGCAAGAAGAUGCGGUUUUUUUUUUUUUUUAAUUAUUAAAAACAAUGUAUUGGGUUUUAUUCUUAAAUGAUGUAUUAUAAUCGGAAUAAUAAUUAGAAUAAUAGAAAAUACUCAUAGUUUUGACUUCCGGAAUAUUGUCCUCUUUUAAUUUCAUAAUAGGUGGAUGCAAUCUGUUUGGAUAGCUUUUUGAAUGACUGCCGUGCGUCUCUACUAAAUAUUUUCCAAAUAACCUCAAACUUUAAGGAUAUUUUUUUUUUUAUUAUGUAGCACAACAUAGGCGAGUGUCCUGAAGGAAAUUUUUGAAUUGGCAAAAUAAGGACCAUCCUAGGUACCUAUCACAUCAAAAUGAACACAACACAAAUACAAUGCUUACAAUUAUUUAAAUUUCUUUAUGAAAUUUCUAAUCAAAUAUAUAAAAUAUUUAAUACAUUAAUUGUAAUAUACCCCUGCCUACCCACUUACUUAUAUUAUUCUAAUAAUUUCAAAUUAAUAUUAUAAUCCAUAUGAGUUUAUUUGUAGAAAUAUUAUUAUUUGAAGAAACUAUUAAAAAUUAAAUUUAAAAUGUUAAAUAUUCUCAUUUAAUAAUAUUAUAUUAAUUAUUUUUAAAUAAAUAUUAUAAUUUAUGAUUAUUCCUAACUUAAUUUAACUGAUUGAAUUUAAAAUUUCUUUGAAUUUAUUUUCCUUCACUUUUAACUAUUAACUAAAAGGGGUUUUUUUUUUUGACUUACUCAAGUUAAUUAUUUCCUUUAACUUAUUGUCCACAUUUUAUUAGAAGUUCUUAUACUAUAUCCAUUAAUUUUAAUGAAGUAUAAUUUGUUUAGGGUUACAUUGAUAAAAUGAUAUUGGGAAUAUGUCUCACCAGCAGUAUAGCAUCCCUAAUAAAUAUUAUUAUUUAUUGUGUCUGCACGAGUAGUAUAUACAAUUUAGUAAGUACAAAUAUUGGUACCAACAAACAGUUGAUUUAUUUAUAUUUUUACAACAAAUUUGCAGCACAAUGAAAUAUUACAAGAGUUUAACAAUGAACAAUUAUUUUCUGCGGACAAGUCAUUCAAACGCCUCAGUCUAAUUAUGAUGGCAAGACUAUCGAUACCGUUGGAAUAUGAAGUCGGUUAUAUUUGCACUAUCAAUUUAAACUUACUUGUCAAAGUAAUUUCUGAUUGUUUUUUCUUUAUUGAACAACCUAACAAAAUAAAAUAACUCUUAAUUAGAUUAAGUACCUAUUGUAUAAUUAUAUUUUGUGUUUCAGAUCAUAAAAUUUUCAUACACAUGGUUGAAUGUCUUAUUAGCUUCAAUAAGAGGUCAUCAACUGACAUAA